UCUUUGAUUCCCUUUUAGGUACCUUCUCUGCUGCAAGAAUGUAAGAUGGAGCCAGAAGAGCAGGAACUAUUGAAUGAUUACAGAUACAGAAAUUACUCUUCAGUGAUUGAAAAGGCCUUAAGAAAUUUUGAGUCCUCAAGUGAGUGGGCGGAUCUCAUAUCCUCCCUGGGCAAGCUCAACAAGGCUCUGCAGAGUAACCUGAGGUAUUCCUUGUUGCCAAGACGGCUCCUUAUCAGCAAGAGAUUAGCUCAGUGCCUACAUCCUGCUUUGCCCAGUGGCGUGCACUUGAAAGCCCUAGAAACCUAUGAAAUUAUCUUUAAAAUUGUAGGGACCAAAUGGCUGGCCAAGGAUUUGUUCCUCUACAGCUGUGGGUUGUUCCCUCUGCUGGCGCACGCAGCCAUGUCGGUGCGGCCCGUGCUGCUCGGCCUUUACGAGAAGUACUUCCUCCCGCUGCAGAAGCUGCUGCUGCCCAGUCUCCAGGCCUUCAUCGUCGGCCUGCUGCCUGGCCUCGAGGAGGGCUCGGAGAUCUACGACAGAACAGACGCCCUACUCCUGAGGCUGUCCCUGGUGGUCGGCAAGGAGGUGUUCUACGCCGCCCUCUGGGGGAGCGUCCUGGCCAGCCCGUCCAUCCGCCUGCCUGCCUCGCUCUUCGUGGUGGGCCACAUCAGCAGGGGCUCGCCCGGCAGGGAGCAGAAGUACAUGCUGGGGACGGACUACCAGCUCACGGUGAAGUCCUUAUGUGCGUCACUGUUGGACUCAAACGUUCUGGUGCAAAGAAAUAAUCUGGAAGUUGUUCUGUUCUUCUUCCCAUUCUAUGCCUGUCUGGAUUCCAACGAGAGAGCCAUUCCCCUGCUCAGAUCCGACAUCGUCCACAUCCUCUCAGCCGCCGCGCAGACCCUCCUGAGGAGAGACAUGUCUCUGAACAGAAGGCUUUACGCCUGGUUACUAGGUUCAGAUAUUAAAGGAAAUACCGUUGUGCCAGAAUCUGAAACCUCAAAUUCUUAUGAAGACCAGUCCUUGUAUUUCUUUGAGAAAUAUUCCAAGGAUCUUUUAGUUGAGGGGCUGGCUGAGAUACUGCACCAGAAGCUCCCGGAUGCUGACGCAGAGGAACGCCAUCACGCGUACCUGAAGCCUUUCCGCAUCCUCAUCAGCCUGCUCGACAAGCCAGAAAUAGGGCCCCAGGUGGUUGGGGAUUUGUUUCUGGAAGUCAUCCGGGCCUUUUAUUCUUACUGCAGAGAUGCUCUCGGCUCUGAUCUUAAACUUAGCUACACUCAGAGUGGAAAUUCCCUGACAAGUGCAAUAAAAGAAAACAGACACGCCUCUGAGAUUGUUAAAACGGUGAAUUUGCUGAUCACUUCCCUGAGCACAGACUUUCUCUGGGAUUACAUGACAAGGUGUUUUGAGAAUUGCUUCAGACCAACGAAGCAGAGAAACGCUCUCGGGAGAAGCGUCGGCCCUCCCCCGACGGCCUCGGAGAUCUGCACCCUCCUCGUGUUCCUUCUGGACGUUAUCCCCCUGGAACUUUACUCUGAGGUGCAGACCCAGUACCUCCCGCAGGUGCUGGGCUGCCUGGUGCAGCCUCUGGCUGAGGAGAUGGAUGCGCUCAGCGUACCUGAGCUCACGCACGCCGUGAAGACGUGUUUCAAAGUGCUCAGCAAAGUCCAGAUGCCCCCUGCCUACCUGGACACGGAGCUUGCAAGUGGAAGCUCGAGUCCAGUAAAAGGUGAAAACAGUGAAAUAAUCUUAGACCCAAACGCAGUGCUGCCCGGUGAUGAAGAUGCUUUGUUUCCUCCGCUGAAAUCUGAAGACAGUGGGAUCGGGCUCAGUGCCUCGUCUCCAGAGCUCUCUGAGCACUUGAGGGUUCCCAGAGUUUCUCCAGAUAAAGACGACGUUUGGAAGAAGGGUGGGAGCAUGCAGAGGACGUUUCUUUGCAUCCAAGAGCUGAUUGCCAACUUCGCCCACAAGAACAUUUUUGGAGUCCAGCUGGUGGCAUCUGGAGAAGAAACCAAGUUGGAGGAGCCCGCCGGUCAGAGGGACGAGGGCGGGAUGCACGGUGCAGCCGCCAGCGGCGCGGGCAGGAGGACCCCGUGGGAGGCGAAGCCCGUCAGCGUGCCCCAGUUCAAGCAGAUGCUCUCAGACCUGUUCACCGCCCGAGGGUCUCCAUUUAAGACCAAAAGCAUGGAGUCGCCUCCGCCUCUGCCCAGUAGCCCCGGCCACCGGAAGGAGGGAGAGUGGGCCAUGGGCCAGGUGGUCAUCGACCUGGGGAGCUCCAGAGAGGGCUGCAGGGAGGCCUUCGCGGCCGCCUGCCACCUGCUGCUGGAGUGCGCCACCUUCCCCGUCUACCUGUCCGAGGAGGAGACCGAGCGGCUCUGCGAAGUGCUCUUCCAGCUUCCAGGAGAUGGUGAUUUCAGUUUUCCAUCUUGGCUGAAAUCCCUCAUGACCAUCAGCUGCUGCGUGACUGACUGCUACCUCCAGCAUGUGGCCAUCUCCACUCUGCUGGAAGUGAUAAACCACUCCCAGUCCCUAGCACUCGUCAUUGAAGACAAGAUGAAACGCUAUAAAAGCUCUGGACACAACCCAUUUUUCGGGAAGCUGCAGAUGGUGACGGUUCCGCCCAUCGCUCCAGGAAUAUUGAAAGUCAUCGCAGAGAAAACAGACUUCUACCAGAGGGUGGCCCAGGUGCUGUGGAAUCAGCUGAACAAGGAGACCCGGGAACAUCACAUCAUGUGUGUGGAGUUGUUCUACCGGCUGCACUGCCUGGCCCCGACGGCCAGCAUCUGUGAGGACAUCAUCUGCCACGCCCUCCUGGACCCCGACAAGGGAACAAGAUUGGAAGCUCUGUUUCGAUUUUCUGUCAUCUGGCACCUGACGAGGGAGAUCCAAGGCAGUCGGGUGACAUCUCACAAUCGCUCCUUUGACAGGUCCCUGUUCGUCGUGCUGGACAGCCUGGCCUGCACGGACGGCGCAAUCAGUGCUGCCGCCCAGGGCUGGCUGGUGCGGGCGCUCUCCCUCGGCGACGUGGCGCGCAUCCUCGAACCCGUGCUCCUGCUUCUGCUCCAGCCCAAGACCCAGAGGACCUCCAUUCACUGCCUCAAGCAGGAGAACUCAGCAGAAGACUGGCAUCGUUGGUUUAACAGGAAGCACACAUCUUGCAAAGAGGCGUGGGGCGCUCCUGACCUUCAGGAGGGCGGCUCUGCAGAGAGUGCACCCCUGAGCCAGCUCACCACCGUGGACCGCGAGGCCAUCUGGGCCGAGGUGGAGAAGGAACCAGAGAAGUGCCCAGCAGGCAGCGAGCCGAGCGAGGAAGACCUUCCCUGCUCCGCACACCUGCUGGACGGGACGGCCUGCGGCACCCUGGACAGCAGUGAGCACACCGAGUCUGCGGACGCCGAGUCCGGCCCCACAGACAGCGAGAACACGUCCUCCCUCUCCUCCCCUUCCCAUGACCCACAGGAGCUGAGCAGUGGCGAGCACUGCUGUGCAUCCAUCCCCGGGGCCAGCAGGGCCCCCCACAAGCGCUCCACUCUGCUGGCAGCCUUCCAGGCAGAAAACCUCAAGUCCAACACCAAGUUGAGCCUGACGCGCGUGGACUCAGACAAGACCCAGGCUUCAGAGUCGCUCUCCAGUGACGAAGAGGCUGACCUGGAGCUCCAGGCCCUGACCACAUCCAGGCUGCUGAAGCAGCAGCGGGAGAGGCAGGAGAUGAUUGAGGCCUUAUUCAAGCACAUCCUGCUCUACCUGCAGCCCUACGACUCCCGGCGAGUGCUUUAUGCCUUCUCCGUGCUGGAGGCCGUGCUCAAAACCAACCCCAGGGAGUUUAUUGAGGCUGUGUCUGGGACCAGCAUGGACACCAGCUCCACCGCGCACCUAAACCUCAUCUCCAACCUCCUAGCUCGCCAUCAGGAGGCCCUCAUUGGCCAGAGUUUCUACGGAAAGCUCCAGACCCAGCCUCCCAGUGUGUUCCCCCACUCUCUGCUGCUCGAGCUCCUCACCUACCUGUGCCUGAGCUUCCUGCGAAGCUACUACCCUUGUUACUUGAAGGUCUCCCACCGAGACAUCCUCGGCAACCGGGAUGUGCAGGUCAAAAGCGUGGAGGUGUUGAUUCGAAUGAUGACGCAGCUGGUCUCAGUGGCCAAGUCAGCCGAAGGGAAGAACGUGGAGUUCAUCCACAGCCUGCUGCAGCGGUGCAAAGUCCAGGAGUUUGUCCUGCUCUCACUGUCCGCGUCCAUGUACACGAGUCAGAAGCGCUAUGGGCUGGCCACGUCGGAGCGAGGCAGGGCCCCGCGGGAGGACAGCAUCUUCGAGGAGAGCCUCAUCAACCUGGGCCAGGACCAGAUCUGGAGCGAGCACCCCCUGCAGAUUGAGCUGCUGAAGCUGCUGCAGGUGCUAAUCGUCUUGGAGCACCACCUGGGCCAGGUGCAGGAGGAGGCCGAAAAUCAGCCGGACCUGUCCCGGGAGUGGCGGCGGACGCUGAACUUUCAACAGGCCAUCAGCGCCAUGCAGUACGUGCAGCCCCACCCCCUCACCUCGCAGGGGCUGCUAGUCUCGGCCGUGGUGAGGGGCCUGCAGCCGGCCUACGGCUAUGGCAUGCACCCCGCCUGGGUUAGCUUGGUCACGCAGUCCUUGCCGUACUUCGGGAAGUCCCUGGGCUGGACAGUGACCCCCUUCCUUGUCCAGAUUUGCAAAAACUUGGACGAGCUGGUCAAGCAGUAUGAAAGCGAAUCGGUGAAGCUCUCCAUCAGCGUAACCUCCAAGAGGGAAAACAUUUCUCCGGAUUAUCCACUCACUCUUCUGGAAGGUCUAACAACCAUUAGUCAUUUUUGUCUUUUGGAACAACCCAACCAAAACAGAAAGACCACUGCUAUGAGUGACCCUACCAAUUUGAAAAAUGCCAAGAAUGCUAUUCUGGAAGAACUGCCUCGAAUUGUUAACACCAUGGCCCUUCUCUGGAAUGUUCUCAAGAAGGAGGAGACUCAGAAGAGACCUGUCGAUCUCCUUGGAGCCACAAACGGAUCCUCUUCCAUUUACUUUAAAACCACCAAAACCAUACGGCAAAAAAUUUUAGACUUCUUGAACCCCUUGACAGCCCACCUUGGAGUCCAGUUAACUGCAGCCGUUGCAGCCGUGUGGAGCAGGAAGAGGGUGAAACACCACAGUAAGACGAAGAUUGUCCCCGUGGCGAGCGCAUCCCAGCUCACCCUCGUCGACCUGACUUGUGCACUGAGUACCCUGCGAACGGACACGGUGCUGCACCUGGUGAAAGAGGUGGUGAAGAGGCCCCCGCAGAUCCGAGGGGACGAGAAAUCGCCCCUCGUGGAUGUCCCAGUGUUGCAGUUUUGCUUUGCUUUCAUCCAAAGGCUCCCAGUAAUAGCCUUGCAAGAGAACUUUCCUUCGCUACUGGGUGUGUUAAAGGAGUCUGUGCAGUUGAAUCUUGCUCCCCCUGGGUAUUUUCUGCUUCUCAGCAUGCUGAACGACUUUGUAACGAGAACUCCCAACCUGGAGAACAAGAAGGAUCAAAAAGACCUGCAGGAAGUCACUCAGAAAAUUCUAGAAGCUGUCGGGAACAUUGCUGGCUCUUCCUUGGAACAAACCAGCUGGCUAAGCAGAAACCUGGAAGUGAAGGCCCAGCCUCAGAUCUCUCUAGAAGAAUCUGAUGCUGAGGAAGAUUUGCACGCAGGUGCCGCUGCCGCCGCUUCAGCAAUGGUGUCCGCGUCCGCCCCUUCGGUGUACAGUGUGCAAGCCCUCUCCCUCCUGGCAGAGGUUCUGGCAACUCUCCUGGACAUGGUUUAUCGAAGCGAUGAGAAAGAGAAGGCAGUGCCGUUGAUCUCGCGUCUGCUUUACUACGUUUUCCCGUACUUGCGGAACCACAGCGCCUACAACGCCCCCAGCUUCCGGGCCGGAGCCCAGCUGCUGAGCUCUCUGAGCGGUUAUGCCUAUACGAAACGGGCCUGGAAAAAAGAAGUCCUGGAUUUAUUCUUGGACCCUGCCUUCUUUCAGAUGGACACUUCCUGUGUGCAUUGGAAGUCCAUUAUUGACCAUCUUCUGACUCAUGAGAAAACAAUGUUUAAAGAUUUAAUGAACAUGCAGAGCAGUUCUUUAAAACUGUUCUCCAGUUUUGAGCAGAAAGCCAUGCUGCUAAAGCGCCAGGCUUUUGCUGUCUUCAGUGGAGAGCUUGAUCAGUACCACCUUUACCUUCCUCUGAUCCAAGAACGCCUGACAGACAAUCUCAGAGUUGGACGGACAUCCCUAGUUGCUGCUCAGAUGUUUCUUUUUUUCAGAGUUUUGCUGCUAAGAAUAUCUCCUCAACAUUUGACUUCACUGUGGCCAAUAAUGGUCUCUGAAUUGAUUCAUACAUUCAUACAGCUUGAAGAAGAUCUGAAGGAGGAUGAAUCAUUGAGAAACAGCAACAAAAUCAACAGAAUGAAAGUUUCAGUCUCUGAUGGAAAUGGGCCCUCGAUGGGGGAGAUACCCCAGAGUGAACUCAUCUUAUAUUUAUCAGCUUGCAAAUUCUUGGACACAGCACUUUCUUUUCCACCUGACAAGAUGCCAUUAUUUCAAACUUAUAGGUGGGCAUUUGUUCCUGAAGUGGACACAGAGGGCCCUGCCUUCUCAUCAGAUCUAGAGGAGAAUCACCAAGAAUGUAAACCCCACACUGUCCGGAUUCUCGAACUUCUAAAAUUAAAAUACGGGGAAAUCGGCAGUUCGGAUGAGACGACCAUGAAGAGCGAACUCCCUCUUCUGCGCCAGCAUUCUCUUCCCAGCAUCAGGCAAUUGAUACCAUUCUUCAAGACUCUAAAUUGUGCUUUUAAAACCCAAAAUAAACUGCCUGCUGACACCCAAGGCCCUCCACUCAUAGAGUUCCCCAUCACAGACGGCCCAAAGGCCCUGAAACAACUGGAAGAAUGUGUUGAAUGUGAUUUUUUGGAACAUCUGGAAUGUUAGCCUUGUAAGACAGAAUGUAUUUAAUCCACUUACUGCUGCUUCAAUGACAACCAGGAUACUAUUCCAGACAAGAAAGGAGCCAGGAUAUACUGCUGUUAAGCAAGUCUAUUUCAAUUUUGAAAGUGAAUUUCAGAUAAUUUUCUGGUGGGCAACAAAACACGCCUCCCUGAAUGCCUUGUAAUACAUUUAGAUCUAAUUUUAUGUUUCUUCCUCAAUUUAUGUAAAGAAAAUAAAAUUAAUAUAUCAUCUAACAGUGGCAUAAAAUUUGUAAUAUGGAGUAAAAGGUGAAGAGAAUGAAGAGUUGUUUUCUUUGUUGAUGUAGAUAGAUGGGUCUGUGUGUAUGCAUUUCUCUGAAAGUGUAAACCUAUUGAAUAUUAUUUUUUUAACUUGUCAUACAUGUCCCUUUAAGCAUUUAUAUUGGUACUGCAUUUUUUCAUGAAAAUACAUUAUUUUCUGAAAAUA